GUGUAUGUGUGGAUAGCUAGCUAGCAGUUAGCUAGUUACGCAGUAGCAGACUCGCAUCGGGCAGCUAGUCAAACAUUGGACCAAUGCCUUAGAAAACAUUUUUCCUUUGCAUCCCUUAGAUGAUCAGAAUGAUGUCCAUUGCUUUUAGUGGACACGCGUCUUUAGAAUAACCGCAGAUCACCGAUGUUAGCGAUAGAUAAUUUUAUUAUUUGCGGCGGCCACAUUUUCCGUUUUUGGCCGAGCUAGCUAACUAGCUAGCAUAGCUGCUAUUAGCUUGUUAGCAUCGCCUGUGAUGGCACAGCCGGAGAGCGAGUCGGUAACGGAAGCCUAGACUCUGCAUGGCGACGGACUGGCAGCAGUGGGAGUGAGCAGCCAAUCAGCCAAGGCCACCGGUAGCAACAUGGCGUCCCGUCAGAGGAACUCGGUCCGGAUCCUGUCCAGCCGGGAGCGCGGCUCCCAGACCUUUGGCUCGCAGAGGCUCCUGCAGCUGCUGGUGGAGGAGAAAGUCCGCUGGAUGAAAUGGCAGAGUCAGAAAGUGGAGCUGCCGGACAGCCCUCGAUCAACCUUCCUGCUGGCAUUCAGCCCCGACAGGACUCUCAUGGCUUCCACACAUGUCAACCACAACAUUUACAUAACAGAGGUGAAGACUGGAAAGUGCCUACAUUCCUUAGUGGGCCACCGUAGAACCCCCUGGUGUGUGACCUUUCACCCCACCAUCCCCGGCCUGGUGGCCUCCGGGUGCCUUGAUGGUGAAGUCCGCAUCUGGGACCUGCAUGGCGGCAGUGAGAGUUGGUUUACAGAGAGCAAUGUUGCCAUUGCCUCCCUGGCCUUCCACCCGACUGCUCAGCUCCUCCUGAUCGCCACCAACAACGAGCUCCACUUCUGGGACUGGAGCCGACCGGAGCCCUUCGCCGUGGUGAAGACGGGCAGUGACACGGAGAGAGUCCGGUUGGUGAGGUUUGAUCCUCUUGGUCACAACCUACUGACGGCGAUAGUCAAUCCGUCCAAUCAGCAGAACGAGGAGGACUCUGAGGUUCCCAUGGACAGCGUUGAGAUGCCUCACUUCCGCCAGCGCUCCUUCUUGCCUUCUCAACCAGUUCGCCGCACACCCAUCCUCCACAAUUUCCUCCACAUCUUGUCGUCUCGCUCCCCGGGGGCUCAGGCGGGAGGCGAGCAGCCACGCCCUCUAGGUGACAAUGGAAGCAGUGUUGGAGAAUCUCCCAGCAUGCCUCUGGCCCAGUACCCCAGCUCUGAACGCGGGCCUCCCUUCCCAGGCUGCACCCAGCAUCUGGGCAUGGCUUGCCUGUGCUACCGCUGCUCCGUCAAUCGCAACCCCUCCCUUGCAGCUGAUGUGACAGCCUCUGAUCCCAGGGUGUCAUCUGACGCUCCCCAGCCUCCCCCAGCUUCAACUUUCUCUUCAGCCCGUACGGAGCCCCGACAGCCCUCAGAGCGACCCUCAGCCUUUACCUCAGUCUACUACAGCGCCGGCACUUCUCUUAAUCCCCCUGCACCAAGUGGCAUAGAACCGCUCUCCACCUCCAGGCCAGGACCUGACUGGACACGUAACCUGCUAAGUAUGAGGGAAGUUGGGGUGGGUUCAGGUGUGCUGCCUCCCAGAACCUCCUCCUCUUCUAUCAGCCUUCUUUCAGUGCUCCGUCAGCAGGACGGCUCCUCCCCUGUCUACACCUCUGCCUCUGAAGGACGGGGUUUCCCCCAACAAGGAGAUCCCGGGGCCCGAGAUGCUGCAGGCACAAGCAGCGGGCAUCAUCCAUUCUGGGAUGGCUCUCGCAGCAACACGGCCUCUUUCCGCAAUGUGCUGCAGUGCAACCUUAGCCGCUACUUCAUGGAGUUUGAUCGCAUGCAGGACUUGGAGCCACCGUUAGGAGGUGGCAUGGCAGAUGGAAGCCAGGAGCAGAGCCAAGAGCUGCUUAAUAAUAACAUGGACCCAGAGAGGCCUGGGCCUUCCACAACUUCCUCCACCUCCUCCCCUACCAUCAUUCAUUACCAGCCUCCUCUCCCCCCUCCUCCUACCUCCCACAACCUGGAGAACAAUGUUCCUCCCCCAGCGUCCCGAGGCCAUCUAAACCGCUGCCGGGCCUGCCACAACCUGCUGACCUUUAACCAUGACUCUCAGCGCUGGGAGCGAACCAACCAGGCCUCCUCCACCUCUGCCUCCACUCUGGAGCCCUCCUCUUCCUCCACCUCUUUUCCUUCUUCUUCUUCUUCUUCUUCCCCUUGGCAGCCCGAGGAGGGCAGGAGGACACUAGAAACCCAACCCCAAGAGAGAAGGGUACCUCCGGAGCCUAGCGAGCAGCCGCCUCCCCCUGGAGGUGGAGGAGCCGGAACAGUGGCCUUCCCAAUAGCCCCGUCCCCCAGCCAGUCUGGAGAGCAGACAGUGGGCUUGGUGUACAACCAGGACACAGCGCAGUGGGAGAGGGUGUACCGCCAAGCUGCUGCCGGCAGAUCGGCAGAGCCGGCGGAGGCCUUAAGCCAAGAAAUGCCUGUUGACCCUCCAGAUGAGGACUCCCUGAGGAGGCGACUGUUGGAAUCAUCUUUGUUAUCAUUGUCUCGCUAUGACAUGUCAGGAUCGAGAGACCACCCCAUUUACCCCGAUCCAGCCAGGAUGAACCUGAACUCGUCCUCUGUGCUGUCCAGGCUUUCUCCAGCUGCUUACUACGCCCAGAGGAUGAUCCAGUAUCUGUCAAGGCGGGACAGCAUUCGCCAGCGAUCACUUCGCUACCAGCAGAACCGCCUACGGGCCAUGUCAUCUUCAUCCGACAGUCCUGCCACCAACCCGUCGAGCUCCAUGGACAACAGCGAUGUGGACUUUGAGGAGUUGGAUGAUAAUGGAGACAGAGCGAGGCACAGGACUCCGCGUAAUGCCAGGAUGUCUGCACCUUCGCUGGGUCGCUUUGUCCCACGGCGUUUCCUCCUCCCUGAAUAUCUGCCCUAUGCUGGGAUCUUCCAUGAAAGAGGGCAGCCUGGCCUGGCCACACACUCCUCUGUCAACAGAGUACUCGCUGGUGCAUCGAUCGGGGACGGUCAGUCCGCAGUCGCCAGCAACAUCGCUAACACCACCUACCGUCUGCAGUGGUGGGACUUCACCAAAUUCGACCUGCCUGAGAUCAGCAACGCUUCAGUCAACGUUUUGGUGCCAAACUGUAAAAUCUAUAACGACGCGAGUUGCGACAUCUCUGCAGACGGUCAGCUGCUGGCGGUCUUCAUUCCCAGCAGUCAGCGGGGUUUUCCAGAUGAGGGCAUCCUGGCCAUCUACUCUCUGGCUCCCCACAACCUGGGAGAGAUGCUCUACACCAAGAGAUUCGGUCCGAAUGCUAUCUCUGUUAGCUUGUCUCCGAUGGGCUGCUAUGUGAUGGUCGGCCUGGCCUCCCGCAGAAUCCUGCUGCAUCCCACCACCGACCACAUGGUGGCACAAGUCUUCCGCCUGCAGCAGCCACACGGAGGAGAGACCUCCAUCAGGAUGGUGUUCAACGUGGUUUACCCGAUGGCUCCAGACCAGAGGCGCCACGUCAGCAUCAACUCUGCUCGCUGGCUGCCGGAUCCAGGGAUGGGUUUGGCUUAUGGAACCAACAAGGGAGACCUGGUGAUCUGCCGGCCUGUGUUCUACAGAAGCGAUGGCGAGAGCCCCGCGGAGUCAAGCAGUGAACCAUUAUUCUCCGUCAACAACAGUGGAACAAGCCGGACACGAGGUUCUGACAGACCAGGUCCCAAUCGCUCUGGCUGGAGAUUGGACAGAGACAUGGGUUUGAUGAACGCAAUUGGUCUUCAACCACGACACCCCGCCCCUUCAGUGACAUCACAAGGAACUCAGACACCAAUCAUCCAGCUGCAGAACGCCGAGACACAAACAGAGAGGGACCUAUCAGAGCCUAGCGUCUCACAGCCUGCACCCAAUGUUGCUCCUGAGACUCCGUCCACGAGUGGAGCAGCUCCGGGGCAGCAGGAGGCAUCUCAGACCAGCAGAGCAGCUGAUGGCAGCCAGGGCGAAGCCUCAGCCGACGCAAACACAUCCGCUACUUCUACUGGAGAGUCUCCAGAGUUCGGCACGGGUGAAGACGCUCUGGCACGGAUCCGCCGGCUGAUCGCUGAGGGCGGUAUGACAGCUGUGGUCCAGCGGGAGCAGAGCACCACCAUGGCCUCCAUGGGCGGCUUCGGAAACAACAUCAUCGUCAGUCAUCGCAUCCACCGCGGCUCCCAAACGGGCACAGGGGCCUCCAGGCCUGCGGCGGACCCCUCUAUGGCCCCCUCCACCUCAGGUCCUCUCCUCAUCACCCAACCACAGACCUACGCCUCUCCCCAGGCUUCCAACCCGUCUGAACAGCUCACCCCCAUGUGGGGCUCCCAGGUGCUGUCGGGCCCUCAGCCCUCUGGCCUCUCUCUGGCCAUGGACAUGGACGACGUGUUUGACGGGGGGCGAACGGACGACGACUCCAUGCCGGGUCCCUCCUCUUCCUCCCUGCUGUUGUCUUCCCCCUCUUCCUCCUCCUCCUCCUCUCACAGCCCCCUCCCCGGCAGCGGGGGCGGGGGCGGCCCCAACAGUUACCCUGGCGAUCCGUACAGCAGGUAGUUCUCCUAUUGGCCAAGACAAGCAGAGCGUUGGCUGAUGGGUUUAGCAAAGGGCGCUCCUCAAAGCCUUAUCUCACUGGGUGCUGCUUUGACUCUGCACAGGGUCUCCCGCCUGGAAAAGAAGGGACACAAGAACCCCCCCCCCCCCCCCCCCCCCCCCCC